AUGAGGUCAACAAAAAACGAGAAGCCACAUAAGAGACCUCAGCCGCUGAUAGCGAGCUUCUUCGGUGGCGGUCCCCCGAAACCAGCUAGAAAACCUAUGAUAACCACUCCAGAAAAAGUAGUGUUGAACAGGUGCAAUUCAAGACUCUCUGUGGUUACUUCCUCCAAGAGCGCAUUUGAUGAGUUUGGCUCCUCAGACACAUCGUUCGGUUCUCCUGAAGUGCAGAAUUUUAAAAACCCAGUGCUUUCAAAAUGGUCUAAAUCUGCUUCAGAAAACGGUCUGCCUGAACGCUCCAGGCCAAAAACAAACAUGAAGGAGGAACUGCUCGAUGCGCUUGGGCUGAAUGACAAGGAGAAUGUGGUUCCCACGAACUAUGUUGUGCUGAAAGAAGAGCAAUUGAUCGAUAUGCAUGCUUCUACCAUAAAAAAAGAAGCCAUCGCUUCUCUAAGUCAGUUUCAGGUCAAAAAAGAAGCGUCUUCUGAUACGCCUAACACUGAGGAAACAGUGACUCCGCUGAUCAAGGAGCUAGAGGAAUUGAACAGGGCGAACCCCAAUCCCAAGAAGCAAGUGAAGAUUGAAGAGCUGAAGGUCGUGAAUAAUGAUUUCGUGACAGACCGAACGCUGGAUACGAAGCAUAAUAAGGAGACCGUGGCUAAACCAAAACUUAGUCCCAUAAAAAAAGUCUCCCUUAAACGUUCGGGCUCCAGCUCACUUGAUUUUUUCAAUACAACAUUUAAGAAGCCAACUCGAAGACUACCGCCUUCUCAAUCUAUUGCAACACCUGCGUCACCCUCGAGGGUCACCAACAAGCAAGAGUUCAAUGAGGCUCAGAGAGCGAUCAUCAAUUAUGUCGUUAACAAAGAGGAAAGUGUUUUUUUCACUGGCUCUGCUGGUACGGGAAAAUCCUAUGUUCUCCGAUAUUUGGUGCAACAAUUGGUCAAGAAGCACGGUGGGCCCUCAGUAGGAGUCACUGCUUCCACCGGUAUGGCUGCUAUCAAUAUUGGAGGUGAAACCUUGCAUAAAUACUUACAUAUCGGCUUGGGAGUGCAAUCUCCCGAGGCAAUGGCCAAGAAACUUGAAAGGAUUAGGGAAGUUAAAAAUAAAUGGGACAAGUUGAAGGUUCUUAUCAUCGACGAGAUUCUGAUGAUCGACGGAAAGUUGUUUACCAACAUCAGUGAGCUCGCAAGCAUCAUGAAAAAGAAUAAAAAACCUUUUGGUGGAAUCCAGCUUGUUUGCUCCGGAGAUUUUUUUCAAUUGCCUCCUGUUUCAAGGGACAAUCGGGGCCACUUUUGUUUCCAAAGUCCAGUUUGGGCUAGCGUCAUCAAGCGUACGAUAACCCUCACAGAGAUCUUUCGUCAAAAGGGUGACACUGAGCUAAUUGACAUGCUUAACGCGUUGCGUCAGGGGGAAAUAAGUGACGACAUUAUGAUGAAAUUCAAACUGCUACUGCGAAGAAUCAAUUACAGUGAUGGUAUUGAGCCAACAGAGCUCUACCCGACGAGACAAGAAGUGAAGAGAGCCAAUGAAUCGAGAUUGCACGAACUCCCUGGUCAGGUUUACAGCUUCUUCGCAAUAGACUCACAGGUUCCACAGCUGAUCAGAUACCUAUACGACUACCUCAUGUGUGAAAAGGUAUUGGAGUUGAAGGUUGGAGCUCAAGUCAUGUGCUUGAAGAAUAAUAUCAUCCCUAAGGUCGUCAACGGAUCCAUCGGCACGGUAGUGGGCUUUGUCACAGAUCCGGUCUGGACAAAGCUCAAACUUGUGUACGGCUAUGUCAACUUUGAGAAUGCGUCCUCGGAACUCUUGAGCCUAAUUCAGCUUGUCUGUGGUAUGGUCGGGAGACCCGAAUAUACUGACGAGCAGAGGGCCAUAUACGCCAGCUUGCCUUCAAACCUUAGGACAGACUUUGCUAAAGUCGCAGCAGAGGCCAAAAAUGUUGACUCAAAGGCGGAGCGUCUACCCUUGGUGAAGUUUAGGACCUCUAAUGGAUACACAAUUGAUAUUGUUCCGCGAGUGGAAUUUACGGUUGAGCCAAAACCAAUGCAGUUGAGAAAAGACGACAAAAUGACGAGAAUACAAAUUCCCUUGACAUUAGCGUGGGCCAUGUCUAUUCACAAAUCACAGGGUCAAUCCAUAGACAGGCUCAGGAUAGAUCUAAGGCGGACCUUUGAGAAGGGCCAGGUUUACGUUGCUCUUUCAAGAGCGACUUGUAAAGAACAUUUAGAGGUGUUUAAUUUUGAUCGUCGAAAAAUUAGUGUUUCUGAAGAGGUGAAGAAAUUCUACGACCUUUUGAAAAACAGACAGAAAGGGAUAUUGGAAGUUAAUGCAGAGUUGAUGUCCUAG